CGGGCAGCGCAAGGGGCGGAGCGCUGGGAGGCCGCUGGCAGCAAACUCCCCGAGCCGUCAGCUCACCACUUCCUCUGGCUGCUGCGAAACUUCUCAGGAGCCGGCGGCGGCGCCUCCGGGAGCUGCAGGCACUGACCAGAGCUGCUGCUGGGUUACAUUUGCCUUCCCUCAGGACUGAACGCCCAGCAAGGGGACUGCACCAGCCGCAGGUGGGGAGAACGGGUGUCCAGCCAGCCAACUGCCAUGGAGCGGGUCAGCUCCUUCUUCGACUCACUCUGGAAUCUCAUUCGCGCCAAGCACCAGGAGGGCAUCUUCAACACUGUCUGCCUGGUCGUGCUGUUGGGGCUGCCCUUCCUCGUCCUCCUCAUCGUCCUCGUCAUCUGCUGUCACUGCUGCUUCUGUAGACGGCGGGGCAAAGGCAGCAGCAGCGGCAGCAGCAGCAACGGGCAGGUCCCAGCAGAGAGGAACAAAAAGAGGAAGAAGAAGAAGAAGGGUGAAGAGGACCUGUGGAUCUCGGCUCAGCCCAAGCUGCUCCUGCUGGACAAGACACCAUCACUGCCCGUCUAGUCGGAGGCAUGGAGCAAAGACCCUCCUCCCAGUGAGACCUUCUGGCCAUGUGCCGCAAGGAGCUGCUGUGAUGGCUCCAUCUCCUUUGAUAAUGACUUUAAAACCGGGACUUUCAGGACAAGCCAAACAACUAGUGAGAUCACGAAGACAUCACUAGAGGGCACACAGUCCAGCAUAUCUUUACAUGCACAGCCAGCAUUGCACUAGGCAGCGUCCUUCAGGACACACACAUCCAUGUGCACAAGGACAUGCGUGCACCCACACGUACCAGCAUUCAUGCAGCUAUGAGCACAUGGAUAUUCACCUUCAUGUGCACAACAUACCUGCACUCCCAUGCAAACACGCCCAAUGUCACGUGCACAAAGCCACGCGUGCCUAGUGACGUGCACCCUGAUGGGCACAUGUACACAAGAACAUACACACGUGCACUUGAAAACGAACCCACCCUGGCACUCCUCUGCACAGAGAUGAGCACAAGGUUACAGCACAGUGAAAAGGGUUUUCCUUCACACCCUGGCAAGCUAUUGCUUCACAGCUCCUGAAGACACAGGUAUCCAGCCCACUGCCAGAGCUUCCCAUGGGGCUUCCUAAUCCAGCCCUGCCUUACAGACCAAAAGAUGCUCCCUCAAGGCAGCAAAGCAGCCGCCCCUACUGCUGGCAGCCAUCCCCAGAGCAGAGGAUGGCAAGAACAGAUCAAACAUGGCACAGUAAGGGACUGAAACUUUUGCACUGGCACUACAAAGCCCGUCUAAGACUGGCCUCAGUGCAGACUGGUCCUUUGGCAGCUCAUUCUGCUGCAGGGAAGGUGGCUUCAUUUCUGUACUGCAGUGAGAGAGGAGACUCCAGCUGAUGCCGCACAGAAGCUUGGUUCCAGCAUUAGAGUUAUUUAUUUAAUGACUACUAGAAAGGGUUCAUUCGUGGACCAAAGGACCAUGUAUACUAUUUGGGCCCCGGAACAUUGACUCCAUGCAAUAACUUAGGCCAUGGACCCCCCAGCGCUCUAGACACACACGCAGCCAGAGCCACACUCCCCCAGACACACAGACAUGCCCAUGUAGCACACCCAGACAGUGGUACACACAAAUGGGAACACACUGGUGGGGAGUAGCUCCUGCCAUCCAGCUGUGCCGCUGGUCCAGGGAGCCUUUCAAGGGCAGCUGGCUCUGGAAUACAACACAAAGACAUAGAAGCAGGCCUGAAUCCAGAUACACUUCAUACCUCCUGCCCACCAAAGCUUCCCUCCCUCCCUGCCCAGCCCUAAGAGAGAUUGUCCCAGACAGAACCCCCACACACACAUUUCACAGAUGUGUCUUCCUCCCACUCCUGAGACCUUCCUCUUCUUCUCCUCAAGCAAGGCAGCUCAUCCCAUCCCUGCAGGUAGCCAGUCAGCAGGCCACAACCAUCUGUGCCCCCUGUCCAUCUCUGACCCCACCCAUGCCCUUUUUGAUAGCAAAGUCUAUUUCCCAGGGGUCCUGCCUGACUCCUCCCCCUCCAUGCACUAUUGCAGUUAUCAUCAAGGCUUAUUUAAGUCUCAUUUACAUGGUUUGCAAAUAAACAGAGUGGGUGGACACCUCGUCUCAUCUGCUCUUUCCAACAAGCCAGUGCAAGAGACAAAUAUUUUUGCUCUAAAGGCUCUGCUGGGAACAUUCUGCUUUAGUUUAUUUUUAGCCUCCAGAGCAGACUGCCCAGACAGUUCAGGGAAACACACAAACCCAUCCGGACCAGCCCUGGCGGAGCGUGCCAAACGGCACAGCCUCCAGCAUGGCAGACUCUGGUGUGGUGACCUCAUCUGCAGCAGGGUGUCUCACCCACCCUCCACUAGAAGAGCUCUUUGCCUCUAGGAUACCCUUCUGCUAGAGUAUGCAGGCAGCAGGGAGAGCUGGCCUGGGGCUUACAGAAUUAGCCACUUCUGCUGUGCCCUCAAAGUGCAUCCCAGUUUGUCCAGCUUUGUGACAUCAUUUCAUGGGGUUUGGCCCUCACUCAGCUAUGUUGUUCAGAGCCUCAACCCCAGACUCCUCCUCACUCAGGCCCUUAAGUAGAUGCCAUUCAGCUCCUUCAUUCACUUCAUCUCCAUUAAAAAAACAGGGACCCCCAAUUUCAAGGCUGAGAGGAUAAGAGUCAGAUUUAAGCUUAAACAGCCUUAAGGGAAGCCUGAUUCUAGAUACCAACUCUCCUUAAACAUCUCUGGCUCCCCCAUUGCCCCAACUUCUGCUCUGGGAUAUUCAAUUAUUUCUCUUUCCAUUUAUAAAAUGAUGUAAUUUUAUAAUCUCUCUCUCUCACUCACACACACACACACACACACACACACAGUGUAGGUCAAAGCUAGAGGAAAACAUAACUGGAGCUGCAAGUACUUACUGGCUGGCAGAGAGGAGAAUAUAGCUAGUCAUGACAUGGCUACCUUAGGGCUACAAAUGUUUUGCUCUGCCAUAGUUAAAAGACUCAGAAAAAUGUUUCCUGUGAGGGCGCUCAACCCUGUCAGGACCAGAAAGUCAAAGGAAAGGGCCAUGUCUGCAUAUCAGCACUCUGGCACGGGCCCAAACCAUUAAAUCCAAACACGCCCAAACUUUGGGGAAGUUCAAACCCUACCCAAACGUUACAGCCCUGAGCCAUCUCUUUAAUGGACUGAACCCACCAGCCCAGAACUCCAGCUCCCGAUGACUUGGCCCCAUCUCUACCCAUCACAUACAGUCAAAAGAGCAAAGCUUAGGAAGCUGCUUGUAUGAGAGCCAUCGUCUUGGCCAAUACCAGGUAUUGAACCAGCACUUCCAGAACUGAAAGCAAGAGCAUCUGGAGCUGGAGCUGCAGAAGAACCAUGUCCUCUAUGGGUCUGUGUGACACACGCUAACCAGCAGGUUCCAUCUGCACAGCCAAUGACAAGGCAGUGUCUGAUGCAUGCUCAGUACACCCUGAUAAGGCCCACCUGGGCUCAGGUUCCUCCAGCUAGCUCUGCUCUGCCACUGUGGAGAACAGCCUCUGCCUUGCAAGCAGUUCUUCAUGUGCAUGGAUCUGGAUUUCAGCAUCGGCCUCUUCUGCACAGUUCAUGCUCAAGAAAAAUUUUAAAAUAAAACUUUUUUUUUUCGAAA